CCCCCGCCCGCCGGGCCACGGCGCUCACGCUCUCCCUGGCGUUGCCCGUGCACCCCUUCCUCAAACCUCGUCCCACGUUCGGGUUGCCCUGCUUCUCCUGCUGCGGCGCCCCUUCAUCUCCAGCACCCCCCACCCCCACCAAAUCAGGCGAUCUUCGGAGAUGUGAAGAAGGGGGGCGAGCGCACAGGAAGAUGAAGGGAGCAAAGCUGCCCGCCGCGGGACAGGCGUCUAGGUGAACAAGAAAAUGACCGAAGAAACACACCCGGACGAAUUGUGUCUCCCCCAGAGGAAGAACAACGUGAUCCAGCCCAAGAGAACAAAUACAGUCGAUGUUUUGAUUUAAGCCAACCAGACCCCAAAAUCUACAUUUAUGGGUGACAGCUAUAUUGUGCGCGUCAAGGCUGUGGUUAUGACCAGAGAUGACUCCAGCGGGGGAUGGUUCCCACAGGAAGGAGGCGGGAUCAGUCGUGUGGGGGUCUGUAAGGUCACGCACCCCGAAGGCAAUGGACGAAGCGGCUUUCUCAUCCAUGGUGAACGGCAGAAAGACAAACUGGUUGUACUGGAAUGCUAUGUAAGAAAGGACUUGGUCUACACCAAAGCCAAUCCAACAUUUCAUCAUUGGAAGGUCGAUAAUAGGAAGUUCGGACUUACUUUCCAAAGCCCUGCUGAUGCACGAGCCUUUGACAGGGGAGUGAGGAAAGCCAUCGAAGACCUUAUAGAAGGCUCAACAACAUCAUCUUCCACUAUCCAUAACGAAGCUGAGCUUGGUGAUGAUGACGUUUUUACAACAGCUACGGACAGUUCUUCUAAUUCCUCUCAGAAGAGGGAACAACCUACUCGGACAAUCUCCUCUCCCACAUCCUGUGAGCAUCGGAGGAUUUAUACCCUCGACCCAUACCCCACGGACCAUUAUCACCUCGACCCGCGGAUGCCGAGGCCCUACCCGCAGGUGAGCUUCCCCGACGACGACGAGGAGAUCGUGCGCAUCAACCCCCGGGAGAAGAUCUGGAUGACGGGCUACGAGGACUACAGGCACGCGCCAAUCAGGGGCAAGUACCUGGACCCCUCGGAGGACGCGGACUCCUACGUGCGCUUCGCCAAGGGCGAGGUCCCCAAGCACGACUACAACUACCCCUACGUGGACUCCUCAGACUUCGGCCUGGGCGAGGACCCCAAAGGCCGCGGGGGCAGCGUGAUCAAGACGCAGCCCGCCCGGGGCAAGUCCCGGCGGAGGAAGGAGGAUGGUGAGCGCUCGCGCUGCGUGUACUGCAGGGACAUGUUCAACCACGAGGAGAACCGGAGGGGCCACUGUCAGGACGCUCCCGACUCCGUGAGAACUUGCAUCCGCCGCGUGAGCUGUAUGUGGUGUGCGGACAGCAUGCUCUAUCACUGUAUGUCGGACCCCGAGGGAGACUAUACAGACCCUUGCUCGUGCGACACUAGCGACGAGAAGUUUUGCCUCCGGUGGAUGGCUCUUAUUGCCUUGUCUUUCUUGGCCCCUUGUAUGUGCUGUUACCUACCCCUUCGGGCCUGCUACCACUGCGGAGUGAUGUGCAGGUGCUGCGGCGGGAAGCACAAAGCGGCCGCCUGACUCGGUUUCCGCUCCUUCCCCUCCUCCGUCCACAACCACAAGGGAACUUGUUGUCUUUUACAUACUCUCAUCUUCUCCCCUGCUCCCUUCUACUCCAAGGGGCGAGGAGAGGCACCAUUCCAGCCUGGGGAACCCGCCUGGUGGACUUCCGGUCCCCAGCACCUGCCACUUCGUCCGCACUCAUACACACUGGCGCAGUGUUCUGAGGAAAGGAACUUUCUGCAUAGACUCGUGUAUUAUUACCAGCCUGUACUCAAGCUCUCUCAUCCUUGUGUUGAUUUUCCUGUCUCUCCUCCCACCCUGUCUCUUCCAGUUCAAAAGGAUCUGCAGUGCAAACUGCUGAUUUUUGGUGGGUUUUGUCGUUGCUUUUUCCAAAAGCACCUAAGAGAAUCUUUCUCUCGGGUGGGCUUGCCUUUUGCUGGCCAGCAUCAGGUUCCUGCAGAGAUGUGACCGAGCAAUGAAACAAACCUACCAGAAGUAUUCUAACCUGCAGUCAGUUAUUAUGUAUAGGAGGUGAGCUUGUCAACAAUCUUGUACCCCAGACAAUGCCGCUUUCACUUGUCUGCCCCACCCACCUAAAAUCUGUUGGAUUUAUUCACAGGCGCAAAACAUUCACCUGUAAAAUGACCGAGAAUUGAGCCUUAACUUCAGAUUAACUUGUGAGAAUCAGGAAAAAUUCCUUAAACUGCAUUGCAUCCUCGUGGACCAGGGCUUGAAAGGGGAUUUCAGGUUUCUAUGAGCCUCCCCAGUUACCCAUGAAAUAGAACUUUUAAAAAUUGUGUUGCCACCACUUGUUUAAAAAACAAAAAACAUAGCAAUAUUAGAAUAAGAUGCUAAUGAAUUCAGAAAUUUUGCUUAUUGUUUUGCAAACCAAAUAUAGUCUAUUCAAACACCAACCGGUGUUCCACAAACAAGUUCCUGUUGAAAAACACUUAAGAUUGUGGUGAAUAAAACUAGGAGCUUCCCCCUGCCCUGCUACUGUUUUAUAUUAAUCAGGGGGAAUUUUAAAUGUCAUGAAUUUGAAGAGUAGUGGUUUGCAUUUUGUUUGUAGGAUUAUGUUUUUGUUUUCAUUUUGGACUCAAUUUCUUGUCACCAAAUUCUUCAUUUAUACUUGGGAAAAAACAAGGCCAUAUGUAAAAACCCUUCCAAUGCCUAAGUGUCUUUCUCCUGCAGCUUCACACCCAGACUUGCCACUUCGGGUGCACAAAUGGUUAGGUCAGCUGACUGAUUCUACCUGUUGCCUUGCCAUGUAGGAGGCUCUAGUUAGCUGGAAAAGAGUAUUUUUCUAACAUAUUGCAAGGCAUAACCAAAUCUUCUUACUGAAGAAAAAAGAACGUGAAGAAUGGUUACUUGUACCUAGCAUAGUACAAUCAGAACCUCGUGGAGACCACAGGGGACAGGCCUGUCCACGCUGGUUGUUCUUCCCGCCAGUCUUCCGGUGGUAAUUGCCAGCUGAAGGCAUGGCCCGGUCUCCUCUCCUCCCUUCCCUCAUCCCUUUAUUGCACACACGACAUCAGUCUUCAAGGAAAGGGACUUUCUUGCAGUCCGCCAGUCUUACUGGGAAAAUGCUAGCCAUGCUUACCUUCGUGGGAAUGUUUUCCGCACGCCUGAGAGCCCAUCCCAUUUCUUUAGACAGACCAUCAGUGUAAAUACCCAGUGUGCUUAUGAGUUAGUUGGUAGACGUUUUCAUUUGUUGGAAUGACUGGUUGGGGCUUUCCAGUGUAGGAACGGAGCAGAGAGCAGUCCGUCUGGAUCGAUGGAAGAGAAGAACCCUUCCCUGCCGGAGGAACAUCUAGAAAACCCUCAGCCAGCUCUCAUGCCGUGGAGAGACCAUCUGCCCCCAGCCCAAGGUGUCACCUUAGGGCGUCUCUCUAAGGUCACCUCUCUACAAAGCACAACACUAAUGUAUGCCUCCUCAGACCUCAGUUCAAACGCCCCUAUUUAUUUCACUGAAGACACACAUCCCAGCGGCUUUGUGCUUGUCGCCUCUGGUCGUUCCUUGUUCUGCCCCCUUGCUGGUGCCCACCCCUUGUAAGAGUUAUGCUGGUGAGUCUUACUCGGCAGACGCUUUGGUUUGAAGGCUGUGGUUAAGGGCACAAAGACAACCCUGGGGACACCUGUGUAAAUACGUCUCUCUGAUGGCCACACUGCUGCUGAACUGUGUGUAGUAUUUUCCCAGUCGGCUUUGCCAUACUCACCUCAAUCAUUUGAGAGGGAUUAUUCAGAUUUUAUUUUUGUAUCUGUGGUAACAAACAUUAACCAAAAGAUUUUGUUCGGAGGCUUCCCCCAGUGCCCCCAACCCCAAGCUGUUUGCUCACAUUAACAAAUGAAAAGUGCCUGAAGCAUAAUUCAUUCUUUAUCUGUAUACUAAAAACCCUGUUGUAUUGAUUUUUUUAUAAUAAGCCUUUUUACCUCUGUGUAAAAAAUAUAUAUACAAGUGUAUGAUGUACAUUUUAGUUCUUAACUUUUUUGUAUGGUUUCUAAUAUGUAUGACCAAUGUAGCCAUUGCUUUCAGAUGUACCCUGUAAAUGCAAACACAUCCUACCAGAUUGCUGGUGUCGGGUGUU